GAGAGAGAGCGAGAGAGAGCGAGAGAGAGAGAGAGAGAGAGAGAGAGAGAGAGAGAGAGACUAGGCUAAGUGGACAGACCUCAUAUUGAGCUCUGAUGAACCUCGGCAUCCUUUCCCACGUUGGAUCAUUUCAGCUCCGUUAAACCAGAGAGCCACCGGAGCAGAGCCGCAAACACACGGUGAUCCUGUGCAGCAUGUGUACUGCAUGUGAGAAAAGAAGGCGAAAUGAAGACUCACUCUGGGGGAGAGGAAACCUGAAGCAGGAGGAGACGCACAGUAUAAGAAAACAAGAUGGAUCAUCAUGAAAACCUGCAUUUGAUCAGCCAUUCAUCAGUUAUUCUUUGAAACAAACUGUUCAACUUAGCAAUGGCAACACAUAUUGUGCUUCUUUUUCUUUUACUCUGUAAAGGGGAAAGAAAUGGCAUUUCGGUGGCUGUUGGCCUUUCAGAGGAAGGUCAGGAUUUGCAUGUAAUAUCCAGCAAAAGACAAUUAAGCAUUGACAACUUUUUCGGUAGUUUCAAAGAAUUGGAGAGCCAGCUUCAGAAUGGAAAAACUGAUCUAACAACCCUGCCAAAUGUGGCUUUUAGACAAAAUGACAGAAAAUCUAAUGAUUUUGACUUUAGGGGUAAUAUAGCAAGGCAACCAGUCAUACUUAAAAAUCCCAAAUCUACUGCUAAAUCCCUAUCAACUAAACAUAGCCCCGAACUCACCAUGAACCGCAAGAAAAGAAGCUAUUUGACUAAUGGAGAGGUUGAAGGUGUAAUUUAUGCUCACAGUCAAGUGCCGAGUUCAGGCGAGGAGUACGCUCUCCAGCCUAAGCUCCAUUUGGAGACAGGUGUCGGUGACGUUCUGCCUGAGAGGACACAGGGCCCCACUAAAUGGGUCACGGAGUCUGAAGAGGGUUGGUCGGAACCGUACCUGCCACGAGCGGAGCCGCUCUCGAUGCCGGAGGAGCUGGCUCUGGAACCAGUUCUUUGUGAUCGAGGAGUACAGAGGGCCCGAGCCUGUGCUCAUUGGACGGCUGCACACAGAUAUGGACAGAGGAGACGGCCACACCAAGUAUAUGCUAGAGGGAGAGGGAGUGGGCUCUGUGUUUGUUAUUGAUGGCAACACAGGCAACAUACAUGUCACCAAGUCUUUAGACCGUGAGGAGAAGGACCAGUACCGUCUCGUCGCGACAGCUACAGACCGUCAGACAGGCAGAGCCCUGGAGCCCUCGUCAGAGUUCAUCAUCAGAGUGCAGGACAUCAAUGACAACCCGCCUGUCUUCCUCGAUGAACCCUAUGUUGCCAUGGUGCCAGAGAUGGCCAACAUAGGCACGUCCAUAAUCCAAGUCACAGCCAGAGAUGCUGAUGAUCCCACAUAUGGAAACAGCGCCCGGCUGGUGUAUGCCAUUACUCAGGGCCAGGACUAUUUCUCUGUGGAUCCUCAGACAGGCGUCCUGCGGACAGCCAUACCAGACAUGGACAGAGAGACUCGGGACGAAUAUCUGGUCGUCCUCCAGGCCAAAGACAUGGGUGGGCAUCUGGGCGGAUUAUCAGGGACCACCACCAUCACUGUGAGGCUGAGCGACGUCAACGACAACCCCCCUCACUUCAGACGGAGUGCGUGGUCAUUCUCCAUCUCUGAGCUAGCAGCACCAGGUGUGGAGGUGGGCCGUCUCACUGCCUCUGAUCCUGAUCUGGGAGAAAAUGCACAGCUGGAGUUCACUAUCCUGGACACCGAAGAGGCUGAAACAUUUAAUAUAAGCGGUAGAGACCAAGAGGCUGUCAUUGUGCUAAACAAGCUGCUGGAUUAUGAGACCCGGAGCUCUUACACUUUCUCCGUGGAAGUUGCCAACCCUAUAGUGGAUGCGCGGUACCUAAGGAAAGGUCCCUUUAAGGACCAGGCAACAGUCCGGGUCAUGGUCCUUAAUGCUGAUGAGCCGCCGCGAUUCUCCCAGGCUCGCUACCAUCUGGACGUGUCCGAGAACUGCCCGCCUGUCUGCUCCGUUGGCCGGGUCUUCGCUGUGGACCCAGACACAGGACAAAGCACCAACAUCAGGUACUCCAUCGAUCCCCAGUCAGACCCCGAAGCUGUGUUCCGCAUCGCCUCUGACACGGGCUUUAUCAGCACAGUCAUGGAGUUGGACCGCGAGCAGGAGCAGUGGCAUAAUAUCACUGUCAUCGCCACACAAAGGGACAAUCCAAAUCUUGUGUCAAGGGUUGUGGUUGCCAUAGAGACACUAGACCAGAAUGACAAUGCGCCGGAGUUGGACAGGCAGUACACAACGUCUGUAUGUGACUCCAGCGCCCCCGGUCAGGUAGUUCAGGUUCUGCGAGCCAUUGACAGGGACCAUGGAGGGCAGGACACCCCAAUCCACUUCAGCAUCCCUCCAGAGUCCAGCUCUGCCCUCAACCUCUCCAUCAGGGAAACAGGAGGUGUGACAGCCAGCCUGGUGCUCCAGUCAGCCUUGGAGCCCCUCCCUGGCUUCUCUACAUCCUCGCUCACCCUCUACGUGCCAGUUGUGCUGCGCGAUGGAGCCUCGGGUCUGACCAACACUGGCACAGUCACCGUGACCAUUUGUCCCUGUCUGCAAGGGAGCAUGCAGACGGAGGACAGGGGGAGACAGAGGGACAGGAGAUGGGAGAGACACAUGGUUUGUCUCCCCGUGCCUUCCGCCUCGCCGUCUCUCAUCUUCAGUUUGGUCACCUUACUGGCCAUGCUGGCUUGUGUCACCACUCUGCUGGUGGUGUGUGCACUCUCGCUGUCAUUGCGCCAUCAGAAGCGAGACUCCCACUCGCCCUUCGAGGAGGAUGAUGUCAGGGAGAACAUCAUAUCCUACGAUGACGAGGGGGGAGGGGAAGCAGACACCGCCGCUUUUGACAUUACAGCGCUGCAGAGCAUGCACAGAAUACAGCACAUGCACAACAACAGGAACAUAUGGUACACCCAGCAGAAUCCGCCGAGGGCCAGGACGUACAGCUGGAGUCGUAACCCGCGCCCCGGCCUGGACCCUCAGCAGAGGCCUGGCUCGGCUCCACUCUACGGACGCCUGUGCUACGGCGUCCACACGCUGCCUGUUCUCAGAGAUUAUCCGGUUGGGCCACUGGAAGCAGGUCUGCAGUUAACACAGCUGACCCACGGGCUCAGCGGCGGUCACAUUGGCAAUUCCCUUGUCAUCCCGAACCAGAGCACCUUUGAGCCUCUGCGGCGCUCUCCCGAGACGAGCACUGCUAGUUACGACGCAGAGCACAUGCUGGCAAAGAGCAAAAUCACAGACAGAAAUGGAGACAGUGAAGCAAACGCUGCUGACACAAACGAGAGUCAGGGUCAGGCAAAGAUAAAUCCACAAACAGAAACAGAGUCGACACCCGCCAACAACGCCGCCAAUCUGACCCGCUGCGACCCGACUGAGUCUUCAUGCCAGAGUCACACCAGCUCCUCGUCAAACCAGCAAGAGGGGCGCCUGGGCUCAUCGCAGACUCAGAUCAGCACCGGAGCCACCAGCUGCACGUUAGACGACAUUGACACUGAUUCCUCCAUUCCCUCCGUUUCCGAGCGAAAUUAUUCAAACGGCGGCGAAAUCAACUCUGUAAAUCCUGCUGUUUACCUGAAAGGAGACACGUACAGCAUUGUGGGCUCGCUGAAUCCAAACAGCAGAGGGACGUGUAUGAACGGGGCUAGCGGCGGGGGGUUGUACCCAGCAGGAGUGCAGCUACUGAACAUGUGCAGACUCCAGAGAAAGGAGCAGCCUUUACCCUUACCCAGGGGGAUGUUUGGCGACAGCAGGGGCUGGGCGUGCGGGGCAGAGCCUGCGAGAGCAGAAGCCGCCAACCCGCAGCCCCUCCACAUGGAAGAGCUCCUGAACAUCCGCCUGGAUCAGGUGACCUUUGACCUGUCGCAGCCGCCCUAUGACUCGCUGCAGACUUAUGAGUUUGAGGGCCGUGACUCACGGGCUGAGUCACUGAGUUCGCUGGAGAGCGACGGAGAGAAGGACGACGGGAGAGUGGUGGGAGGGAUGGAGGAGUUAAACCAGAAGUUUCAGAGGCUGGUGGAGAUCAUCAGAGAGAGGGAGAAGGAGAAGGAGAAGGAGGGAGAGGGAGGAGAGACGGCAGAGGCUACUCUCACUCUCGAUGAGACUCAUAAACAAAAUGAGAACAAAGACAAAGAACAGCAGAGAUGGGAUUUCUAGAAUGCACUAAAAAAAAAAAAAAAAAAAAAAAAAGUUCCAGAGAGGAGAAGCCUAUUAACCAGUGAUGGAUUUUGAACACAACAGGGGUGGCAAAACACAGAGCCCCUGACAGAGAUCUUCUUGUCCCCCUCCAACCUGCCGGGAGGGGGAGAAAAAAAGACCCAGGAGGCUGACAGUAGUAGAGUCAAGAUUUGUGGUGGAAUCAGUGCACAGCGUAUAUUUCACCUUCACUAUGUUUAUAAAAUGCAUAUGGAAUCUGUCACUUUUCACACUGCUCUUGUAACGGAUAUUAAUAAUGCACUCGGGCUUUCAAAGCUAAAGUUAUGAAAAAUUCACUUUUUUUUUGAAAUAUUGAUUCUGAGCCCUGGAAGCUGCAUUGUUUGAAAAAAAAAUAGGCCUCAUCAAAUAUUGACCACAAUUGUGAUAUUUAAUAUUGAUAGUUUAAUAGGGGCACACUCACUGGAAAUCCUUGGAAUUUGAAUGUGACAUUAGCAUCUGAAUCGGAGAGUUUUAGAACCACACAAGCGUACGGUACUGUACUGUACUGAAAACCGACACUGCCAUGUGUUCACACAGCCUCUCCGAUGAGUCCAACUGUAUACAUUGAUAUUCUGUAGCUCCGUAGAGAGAGCUCAACUCCUGCAAGUAGUCACCAUCACGGUAGCGAAACCUGCUCACUAUGCAAUUUGCACACAGUUAGAAAUUAUUAGAUUGUCACUGUCAAAGACUUGUGAACUGUUGUGAAAGUAGCCUACAGUAAACGAUGUCCAUAUGUAGAUAUAUAUCCA